AUGAAUGAACUUAAUAAACUAUGUAGCAUAAAAUACGUCACCAACAGGAUAGUGAAGGAGCGCGCAGAAAUAGGCGAGUACUAUGCAAGGCGCCUGGUGUGCGAGAUAGAGUACUCCAAUAAAGACGAAAUAUGGAUGAUACUGUGCGUGCUGAAAGAUAAAGAUAAGACAGCAGAGAGCACCAUACUUAAAAAUAUAAUACAAAAAUCAAUAGAGAAUGGAAAAAUAGUCGUAAGCCAAUACAAAGUCUUCCUGGGAGUGGUUGAAGGGCUGCCUAGCAAUGAAAAGCUCAUGGGCAGCUUGCUGAGUAAGCUGGAAGAGGGCAUAGUGGCCAAAGAGACGAGAAAGUAUCUCAAGUCAAAAGACGAUGCAUCAAUGCAGAUACUCUCUUAUUUAGCACAGGAAGUUGAAACAUCCCACGCCUUCUACCAAAGCCUCCUUCCUUUUCUUCCAUACUAUCUCUCCCUCCAAAAGAUAGCAGCUAUUCGCUUAGUGGGCAAUAUUCUCAGCAAGCUUCCUCCUGAAGAGAUGGAGAGAGUAGUGGAGUCUUGCUAUAAAAACGAGUAUCUGUACAGCCUGUCGUGUGCGGCUUCUCUUGUUUUUGUGGUUCUGCAGAGAGGAGAUAUAAAGUCAGUAAGUCCUGUCAUAUCCUAUCUACUUCGCAGAGACAUCAAAAGCAUUUUAAAUCGGUUGGUGAAGUAUAGAUCCUUUCAUCUGUCGCUGUAUGUGCUGGCAGGAGGCAUGCUGUACUGUGCGGGAGAGCUAGACCAGAAAUACAUACAGGAAGUUGAGAAAUUAUACUGCACUGAUGAUUGCUAUGCAGUCUCGCAGUGUCUGGAGCCAGUUCUUAGGAUGUCAAAAGGAUGCAAUAGAGAGACUCUGUGCAAUUUGCUGAUAUCAUUGGUAGCCCGCGGAAAACAGAUGAAUAAAUGGCUGGUUAGUGCUCUGGAUCUGGUAGAAAUAGAGAAUAUCAGCCAAGAAACUGCUGCAUCAGUUAUAAAGAUGAUGCUAUGCAAUAGAAAGGAUGCUAGCAUAAGCCUUGUUAAGAAAUGGAUAGAUGGAAGUAAGACACAAAGCAUCUUCUCAAGGAUCAUUUUAUCACAGACGAAGCUGGAAGAAUACUUCAGCCUAGUGGACACUGAAGAUCUCACAGAGCGAGAGAAAAGCAUUUACCACAAACAGAUCUUAAGAAUAAUAAAAACCAGGCCGUGCUCAGAGCUGCGUAUGCUGAUAGGAAGACUGACUAUGCUUGACACACGGAUAAAACAGAAAAUAGUGGAAGAAAUAAAAAGUAGGAUAAUCAGUGAGAAUACAACAAAAAAAGAAAGAACUUGUCUGAUGGGCCUGAUGAUAAAAGUGCUGGAGAGUGAAGAAGUGCCUGAGCUGUUGGAGGUAGACAUUCCGAGAGAAAAAAGAGCAAACAUAGCACUGUACUACGAGAUACUUAAAAUACAGAACAGAAGAGAAGAGAUACGAAAAGAAGAAAUCCUGUACAAGAUAAAAACAGAAACACACUUUAAAAAAGGAAUGAAGCUGUACUAUUGCGGCCUGCAGAGCUUUCCUGAUGUAUUUAGCACAUUUUACGGCGAGAUAUACGAAGAGCUAAGAAAGAACAUUCUGGGAAGAAAAGUAAAGAUGUUCAAAAAUGCAUUCCGAGUGCUCCAGUAUGGAAUAGCUCACAUAAAAUCAGGGACAUCCAUUAACUACAAUGAAAUAUUCACAGAUGAAACUGUGCUGUGGAUUUACAGAACAAAAGAGCUAGUUGCCUCUCUGAACGAGUUCCUCAAGGCAAUUAGAGUCUAUUCAGAGAAGAAUCCAGCACAGUGCAGGGCAUCAAUAGAAUACAUUAACCGACACAGCACUGUGCGAUACACAAUCAUCCAAUGUAGCACAAUACUGCACAAUAUAUCUUUGGCACAGAUCAGCUCACAAACAGCUAGCACAGAUAGCGUUAGCUUAGAUGAGAAAAGUAUUCCAAAGAUCACAGAUCGAGUUCUAUCAAACAUAAUUGCCACAGUGAGCAUGCACCAAGACCCAAACCUUCUUCUUCCGCUGGUGGCAGGAGCUGCAUCCAGUGUAUCCUUUGGAAUGUG